AUGCCGGACGAAGACAGAACUGAAGGACAGGGUCGCCUACCUGACUUUGAAAAAGGCCAAAUAGUUGCUCUUUGGCAGGAGUUUGGUCACGUAGCCAAAAUCCUCCCUCGCUUGACACACCCCCGCUCAGAGAGUACGGUACGAAAUUUUAUCCGUCAUUACCAAGCUCGCAACUCUACGAGAAAUUUACCUGCACCUGGAAGACCUCUUAAGAUGAAUCUUAGGACCCGAAAUCGGGUUUUUACUGAUGCAAAAGAAAACAGAACCCAGUCUGUUCGCCAAUUAUGGGACAAUCUAGCACCUGAGGUCUCAACUAGGACCGUAAAACGCUACCUCCAGAAAAGAGGUAUUCGCAAGUGGAAAGCCGCAGCCAGAUCUCUUUUAAAACCUGAACAUGCUGCUAGUAGACUUGCUUGGGCCCUUGCACAUAGGCAUUGGACGGUAGGGGACUGGGAGAAGGUCAUCUGGAGUGAUGAAUGCUCGGUAGAAAAAUGCCGACAUGGCGGUCAAAUAUAG